GAGAGAGAGAGAGAGAGAGAGAGGCUAAUUUCAGAGCUUCACAGUUUUCUGAAUUUUGGGACAACUAACAGUCCCUGAAGAGAAGCUAGGAAAACGAAAGCCCCAAAAGGCAAAACCCUCUUCGCCUUGUGGUCAAGCGGCCACAUUUGUUAAUUUCAUGAUGAGAAGCUAGGUAAACAAAAGCCCCAAAAGGCAAAACCAUCUUCACCUUGUGCUCAAGCGGCCAUAUUUAUCAAUUUGACCCUCUCCGUGCGUAUCUCUUUCUGCAACUGCUGGAAUUGAAAUGGAUCCCGAGCAGACGUUCAUAAGGGUGCAGGAAAGAUUCUCUGAGAUGCUGACUCCGAAAAUCAGAGCCAAGCUCGAGUACUUUUUCCUAUUUUUGGCCAUCACCCUUUUCUGUAUUCUCGUCGUCAUGCACGCUAAUUAUGUCCAGCAGCCUGGCUGUUCGAGUGAGUUCUCGAGUGUGCAGUUGUCAGGUGCCCAGCUUAUUCAGAUUAGGAUCACCAGUGCUGGCUUGUGGUCGCAUAAUGAUUCUGCGAAUGGUGUGGUGGAUGUUCAUGAUACGGAAGCUGCUUCUGAAACUCAAAACCCCCUUAAUGUGGAGGAAGAUGGUUCACCUCAUUCGGCCUCAAAAUCGUGGUUAAGUUGGAUAAGCUCUGACAUGAGGAGGCUGAAAUCUUCAUUAGAUGUUUGGAAGAGUGACAUUGAUGUUUUGGUGUCUGACCAAGAAGUUUCUAUCAGCAGUGAAAGAUUUAAGCCAGCCUCUGAUGAUACGCCAGUGAAAUCCAGUAAAGAUGUUCAAUGGAAGAGAUUUUUUAUUUCGCCCAAGGAGUUCCUAAGAGCAGCAAUUAUCCAUAUCGGCAAAAAGUGGCAUGGGCGCUUAUCUUUCUUUCUGAGGUUCACAAGGCGAAUUCUUGGAGGUUUAUGGGAUAUUUCUGGUAUAAAUUUGAACUUCGACAUUCCCAAAUGGCUAAGAAUCUUACAUUUGGACAGACUCAACUCCUACGCAGUCCAGUGGCUCGAAAAGAGAAGCAAUGCCUUCGAACCAGCUUAUUUAUAUACCAUGGAGAAGGGUUAUUUCUUGUUGCCUGAAGAAGCCAGGUUAAAGCAUGGAAUUCAUAUCGCCAAUAUUAGCAUUUCAGCCCGGCACAGUUGCUUUGGCAACCGGUGGCAGCAGCUGCUGAUAAAUAGGCUUGUCGGGUAUGACACUAUUCUGAUGAACAGUUUGUUGAAUUCCCCAGGCCUUGGUUAUCUGUAUAAUUACCAAACAAGGGAGUUCUACAAUCUUACUUAUGCACAUGAGCAACCUGCAAGCUCUGCAAAAUUUGGAGACUAUCUUGUGACCAAGUGUGGCGUAUUGAUGAUGUCACUUUUUGUUUUCUUCACAACCACGAUGUCAGUUUCAUUUACGUUGAGAGAGACGCAGACUCGCAUGCUGAAGUUUACAGGCAUAUGUGAAGCUUUCAUAAUCAUGAAUCUGAACAGGUACGAAGCUUUAGGUCUCUCGACUCGAGUCUUACAGUUUCGACCAUCACCAAUAAUGAUUGGAAUCCUAUUUUUCCUCUUCGAGUUCUAUGAUGAUCAGCUAUUGGCUUUUAUGGUUCUAAUUCUUGUCUGGAUCUGUGAGCUGUUCACACUCAUCAGUGUUCGCACACCGAUAUCGAUGAAGUUUUUUCCUCGAUUCUUUCUACUCUACUUUCUGGUGUUUCACAUAUAUUUCUUCUCCUACACAUAUGGGUUCUCUUAUUUAGCUCUGUCAACCUCUGCGGCAUUUAUGCAACACCUAGUCCUCUAUUUCUGGAACCGAUUUGAGGUUCCUGCCCUGCAGAGGUUCAUGCAAAAUCGUCGGUCAAAUCAGCAGCACCCAGAUUUUCACAUCACAUCCUCAACCAUUCUUGCCUCAACAUUACGCAUCACAAGAUUAAACACAAGGAACAACACUGCAUAUAUGGCUCCUGGACCAGUACCCAGACCCGCAGCCGAUAAUGGGAACACCGCUAGAAAUGUUGCCACUGGAUUUCCCGGUCCUCAGCCACAAGUCAACAAUGAUGAUGAUGAUAACAAUGACAAUAACAAUAGUAAUACUAAUAAUAAUAAUAAUAAUAAUAAUAAUCCAGAUAGGAUAGGCAAUCCUCUUGAUAUCGGGGGACAACCAAUCCUUCGUCAGCCAGAGAAUGGAGGAGGUGUACCUGGGGCCAUGAGUUCGUUUAGUUCCCUGUUGUUGUGGAUCCUUGGUGGAGCUUCUUCAGAAAGCCUAAACUCGUUUUUAUCGAUAUUUCGGGAUUUUAGGUAUCAUGGCCAAGUCUAUGCUGCUGCUGGACACCCACAGCAAGAAAAUCAUACGGUGCAGAACAAUGAAUGA